UACAAUCUAUGAAUCAGAGACAACACCCUUAUCUAUGGGCAACUCAGGAGUCCAGGAUUUGUUGUUGUAAGGUGUUUAUGUGUUUAUUUCCAGCUGAUCUUUAAUUAAUAAGAAAUAAUGGUUGUGCUACAAUCUUGUUGGUCUCCAUGCAUUUGGAAUGAUAAUGUUAAAAUUGGAUCAAAAUGCAUUGCAUUCUACACAGGGAGUUUUAGUAUAGUUUUAAUAACAUUUGUUAUAUUUGCAAUGACUGGGGGUGACUCUACACAACUUUACAAUCCACUUUUUGAAGCUGAUGUUAGAUUUUCAAUGCAAAUCGUUGGAAGCUUCAUGCUGCUGUAUUUAAUAUUAUUGAUUGCAUCCUCAAUUUUACUGGUCAUUGGCAUAAACAAAAUGAACAGAGGUAUGAUGAUACCAUGGUUAAUAUUGUUCAGCAUUGCAAUUUUGUUUCAAUUAAUAUUUGGUUUGUGGUUACUUGGUGGAUAUUAUAUUUAUCUUGAAUCUGUUUUAUAUACACUUGUAAUAUGGGCUUGGAUGUCAUAUAAUGUGUACUGCUGGAUUGUGGUAUUUUCACAAUACCAGAUAAUUGAAGAAAUGCAAUCUCCCAAUAUAGAGCUCUUAUGGCCUUAAGUAUUAUUUGUAGUCCAUCAAGUUGUUUUUUAAGUAUAUUUAAGAAGCUUUUGGAAUAGUGCUAGGAUCCGUCCAUUUUUUACGUUUUUAUAAAAUAAAU